UCGGCUGGACGGCGCUGCGCUCGGCGGCCACCGCGCGCCUCUUUCGGCCCCUGGCCAAGCGGUAUCGCCUCCAGCCUAGAGAUGCCGCCAAGAUGCCUGAGAGUGCCUGGAAGUUUCUCUUCUACCUGGGCGCCUGGAGCUACAGCGCCUACCUGCUCUUCGGCACCGACUACCCCUUCUUUCACGACCCACCUUCCGUGUUCUACGGCUGGACGUCGGGCAUGGCAGUCCCACGGGACAUUGCAGCCGCCUAUCUGCUACAGGGGAGUUUUUACGGCCAUUCCAUCUAUGCCACACUGUACAUGGAUGCCUGGCGCAAGGACUCAGUGGUCAUGCUCGUCCACCAUGUGGUCACCCUGGUCCUCAUCGUCUCCUCCUAUGCCUUCCGGUACCACAAUGUGGGCGUCCUUGUGCUCUUCCUGCAUGACAUUAGCGACGUGCAGCUGGAAUUUACCAAGCUCAAUGUCUACUUCAAGUCCCGCGGGGGCUCCCACCACAGGCUGCACGCGCUGGCCUCUGACCUGGGUUGCCUCAGCUUCUGCCUCAGCUGGUUCUGGUUCCGCCUCUACUGGUUCCCGCUCAAGGUCCUGUACGCCACGUGCCACUGCAGCCUGCGCUCCGUGCCGGACAUCCCCUUCUACUUCUUCUUCAACGCGCUCCUUCUGCUGCUCACCCUCAUGAACCUCUACUGGUUCCUGUACAUCGUGGCCUUUGCUGCCAAGGUGCUGACCGGCCAGGUGCGCGAACUGAAGGACGUGCGAGAAUACGACGCGGCAGAGAUCCCGAGCCCCAAGCCCAGCAAAGCUGAGAAGCCGCUGAGGAAUGGCCUGGUGAGAGACAAGCGCUUCUGAACUCCUAGACCAUCUUCAAACCCCUUAGGACCCAGCCCCACUCGACC